CGAAUAUGCCGAAUUGGCGACCUUUCUCAAUGCGUCGGCCAUACAUCACCAUGCUGAUUCUCGUUUCCUUAUUGCUUGGUGGAGUCCAAGAAUAUCUUUAUCAAAGGUCUGCUUGGCUGGCAGGAAAAAAUCGAGGCUUGAUCGAGUUCAGAUCAGCUCAAUCAAUCAGUAUAUCCAACUACUUCGCUUGGAAGUAUAUGCCGACGAUAGUCCUUGUGACAUACGGUGUGCUCUGGCAAAUUGUCGACUACGAGGUGAAACGUCUCGAGCCUUAUUAUCAAUUAUCGAAACCAGAUGGGGCACUUGCCGCCCAUUCCCUCAACCUUGAUUAUCUCACAUACUGGAGCUAUCUGGCGCCCGUUAAAGCCUUGCGCUACAGACAAUGGGCCGUGGUGUCGUCUUCUGUUGCUACCUUAUUGGCAGGCGGACUCGUGCCAACGCUACAGUCUGCUUCUGUCACGCUCUACCCCGAUUCCAAAAACCGACGGGUCAAUGAACUGAAAUUUGUACGCAUCAAUCCAAUAUGGUCAAGGCUUUUGACCACAUCUCUUGUCCUCGUGGCUGUGCUAGGCCUCAUUCUCAUGCUACAGCUCCGACGCCGGUCUGGUCUGCUCAGCGAUCCCAAGGGCAUUGCUGGAAUUGCUGCGAUGGCCCAAAAGAGCCAUAUCCUCAUGGACUUUUCGGGCCUUGACACUGCAAAGCCGGACGUGAUCCAUCAGAAGCUGCGCUACCAGCGAUAUAUCUUGUACAAGUCUUGCUUUUGGCAAGGCGAAUACGUCGGACACGAUACUGACGAGCCUGGGAUUGUUCCAAACGCAAAUCACCAUAAUCCCCACCCGCCCAUGCUUCGGCUGAAAGCAGGCAUACCUUUUAUCGCAUUCAUGAUCAUAGUCAUGAUCCUCAUCCCAGUCUUCACCUUUACUUCCGCCAACAUUGUGACCGAGAAACUCCCCUUUCUCUUCACCGCCAUGGCCGUCCUUAUCAAACUCAGCUGGGGCACGCUCGAAUGCGACGUGCGUAUGAUCGAGCCCUUUUACAUUCUCUCCAAACGAAAUGCGCCCCCAAAGACCCUCACGCUCGACUACACGGGAACUGUGCCGGGGUACAUCAUCUUUCAUUCCCUCAUCAACAAACACUUUCUCAUCUCCCUCGUCGGCAUCGGCGCAAUUGCCACUGAAGUGCUUACCGUCUGUGUAUCCUCUUUUGCCGUCAAGGGCAGCGACUUUUUCCCUGCCCACAACAACAACAACAACAACACCACCACCCCCGCCGCCGCUGACCAUUCUCUUACACACAGCCUCUUCGCUCGACUCCCCCAGGCCCUGAGUACUAGUCCCAAUAUGAACACUACCGCUCCUGACCCCAGACAGCAAUUGGGCGGCGACCAAACCGUCCGGUCAUUCUGGAUCUCUUUUUCCCUCGCCCAACUCAUCCUCCUCUUUCUCAUCCUCGCCGCCACCCUCGUCUACCUCCGUCGGCGGCACGCCUUUCUGCCCCGCCAGCCAAACACCAUUGCUAGCAUCCUGGCGUUUAUCCACCAGAGCACCAUGCUCUGGCAAUUCAUCGACACGGAACGCAUGGACUCGCGCACCAUGACACAGCAUCUCACGGCCCUAGGCCAGACAUACGGCCUUGGCGUCUUUCGCGGCCGCGACGGCGAGGACCAUUGUGGCGUGGAUAGAGAACCGCUCAUUAGCGAUUAUCGCCACGGUCACAAAUAUGAUUUUGCCCGCCAGAAUCGUGUCGAGAAUUGGGAGGUUCUGUAGUCUCUGUUGCUUCUCUCAUCUUUUUCGACGAUUUUUUCCACGUCUUUCCCUUCUCCUUUUUUACUUCUUCUCUCCUUUAACUUGCCUCACCUGUUUUGUAGUAGUGUAGACAUAUCAGCAUUGUCGUUUUCACGAGUAGAUAUGCAUCCGUGGAGUCAUUGUAGGAUUAGACAUGUAUUGUUUUCUACAUCGCCUUUUGUUUCCCCCUCCUCUUUUCCUCUUUUCCUCUUUUAAUACAAAACGCCAGAUCGGUUCUAAACUUCUAAACUUCUAGACUCAUCAAAUUAGAAAAUAAUUUUAGGUAGCUUAUAACUU